GAUAUGGUUAAAAACAUAGUUAGAAAGUUUUUGUUCUUUAAUUGACUUUUUGGUGUAUCUUGAACGAAAAUAUCCUUUAAUAGGCUUACGUGGAAUUUUUUUUUUCAACACGGUAAUCUUGUCUAGAUAAAUGCCUUUAUGCCAAAACAUUGAAUAUUUGUGAUUAAAAAGAUUCAGCAGUCCCCAAAAAACAGGCUCUGUCUCUGACUAGUUGGCUGGUAUAGGGAACAGCUCCUUGCCAGAGUUAUGGCCAGCAUGCACGGCUUCAUCCCUGGAUGAACACUGGAACUAACCUAUUAACCUCUAGUACGCAAUACCCAUUAUGGGGACUGUACGAUAACAUUUAGAUUAGAUUAGAUUGAAAGCUUGUGUUGAAUCUUGAAAUAUCUCAUGGGAGGUAAAAAACUAUAACAUUUGUCUCAGGAUUUCAUAACAUUUAUGAAUAUUACAAAACUGAACUUUAUAUAAAGUGUUUUCCAUUUCUUGUGCAAAAAUGGCAUCUUUUCACAAGAUUUUUUUGUAGCAAGAAAAUAAUUAACUAAUUCAUUUCAGGCAUCCUUCAAAUUUAUGUUAUUUCCAUCCCCUCUUAGUUAGUUAAUUCAUUGAAAAGAAUAAAAAAUUACUGUCCUUGAAAAAGAUAAUAUGUAAUUCAUAUUGCAUUGUUUUAAAAGAGUAUACAUUUUCAACUUUUCAUUCAAUAUGACAUGACAAAUUAGAUAUGGUAGUUGGAAUUCAAUUUCAUAUGUUUUCUUUAUCAAUAAAGAAAGAACAAGGUUUAGUGUAACAAUAAAAUAGACAAGAGCAUUUUAAAUUAUCUAUGAAAAGUAUUCUUUAGAUUCCUGGAAAACAAAAAAAGCACAAAGUGUAGAAUACAGGUGCUGUACCUCAAGCUUUAAGAAUGUGGAAAGGAGAAGGCACCACUAAGAAGGGGGGCUAGGGGGCUAUAGUUUUUGCAAAAGAUGAAAAAAGAUUACCAAUGAAUCACCAGUCAAACCAUUUACUUUCAAUUUGAGCCCCCAAAUUUUUUAGACUCCCCACUUUUCUCAAUGCUCCACAGUGCCUGAAGGAGGUAUAAAGCAGAAACAGUUUGAUCAUCAGUCAUUAUAGAUAAAUGGCAAAUCCACUAAUUUUUACCUCAUUUUCUGCAAAUCCACUACUUGCUCCACAUUCAAAUUGCAUUCCAUUGCUUUAAUUGCCUGUAUGGAACAGAAAUGCAAAAAUCCUGUGCAAAAUACCCCGGAUCUGUGCGUCCUGACACCCCCCCCCCCUCUGAAAUGCAUUGGGUCUACUUCUUCCUUUGGACCAGCCUCUAUAAUACUGUGCUGCUUUGAGAAUGCAGUCAGACAUGGUUAUAACCACAUUGUAAUGAGAAGGAUGGGCAUGGCUGUGUAUUCAGCUGUCAAAGUGAGGGGCAAAUAAUUUAAUUUAAUUAUAUUUACCUCUGGGCAGAAAUACUAUUGUUCAUCAAAAGCUCCCUGAAAAUCAUUUCGUUUUCUUGGAAAUCUUGCACAAUAUUUGCAAGAGUGAAUUGCCCCUCAUGUAAAAGCAUACAGCAUUUUGAAAGCUGUUGUGAGAUAAAAAUCUAUGUUUAAUUUUUUUAUUUGCAAUUUUCAUCAUUUUGGCUUUGGUGCUCAAGCUUUAAAGACCCAAGUUUUAAAAAAUACAAAAAAUCGGCUGAUUGCUGAAUUUAAAUUUUCAUUUAGAAAUACUCUUAAAAACUCAAUUCUGACUGGACAAAGGAUAUGCGGGGGAGGGGGGAGGGAUGUUAUGAUCGCAGCUUCCCGGCCCACCAGAACCAAUGGUCCUGAUUUUGCCAUGCAUAAAUCUUGAUUCCUACUGUUAAGAGCAGCUGUUCAUUUGACUCCUGAUGUGCGCUAAAUAAUUUAUUAGUUUUGUGUCUGCGCUGUUUUAAAUGAAGAUGUUUGAAGUUUUGAAAACACAAUUCGAAACUUUUAGCUGGUUGCUAGGUGAAACAGUGGAACAAAGAGUAACAGCAACAAACAACAACCGCAACAAAAAGAUUAAAUGACCAUGGCGACGAUAAGACCAAUUUACGUGGAAUACCAUUACACGCUGUUUUGAUUUGAAUCGCCGUUUGGUGAAGGUUUUCCGAAAUGUUUACAAUUUUCAGAAUAUGAAGAAUAAGUCUCGGAUAUGUCUAAUAUUAUGGUUAAAAGGCCUCCUUCAGAAGAUCUGAUUGAUCUUCAUGUAUUUGUUGUUCCAAUUGAAUCCUGGCUAGGAAAAUACAGUGUUGCAUACAACAAUGUUGCAUUGCAGUCAACAUCUGGUGGAUUCAUUAGAGUUUACCCCCAUGCCACUUUACAAAUCGUUCGAGAACUGAUUGAAGAGCAGCUUGAAACUGAUGUAAUCCCUGAUCAUUAUGUGUUCUUAAGAAGUGUUGGAAGAUGCCUUGCUAUUGUCAAUCAAAAUCAAGAAAAGACAUUAAAAGCAAAACAUUUUCUUCCUCCUGUGGCAUUUUCCCCAGAAAUAUUUAUUUUGCCUGGCACCCACGAGUGGAUUGCGUCAUUGAGAAAACAGACUAAAAGCAUCGUUGUCAAUGGAGACAUCGCCCUUGAGGAUGAAUAUCGCCUUGGAAGCAAUGAUUACUUUAGAAAAGAAACAUCAGAUAGCUACCCUCGUUCUGAGCAAUAUAGCGAAGACGGUUACAUAAAUUCGAAUAGACACGAUUCACGCGAAGAUGCUCCCACGCAGCGUCCUGUCAGUGAUCACGCAUCACCUCCUUACGAUAAUCAAACUUCCCAAGAGGGCACAUCUGAUGGUACGAGAGAUCCAUCGGAGAUGCUUCCCGAGGGUGCGCAGUUAAAAAGAAAUCGUCGUCAUUUGAUUGACGUUAUCAAAGCAAAGCAAAAAGUUCCUGGAAAAAGUAACUACAGAAAGGAUCAUCAGAAUAACAAUAGGUACGGGAAGGAGACAGAAGGUUCUAAUGGGCGUUACCAAAGCCCAUCGUAUGAGACUAAUAACAAUGAUAGUAGUACCUCGGAUGAUAAAGAAGGUUCUGUGAACAGGGUAGGCUCAAGUGAGGAAGAUAUGAAAAUUGAUCGCCUUAAUGGAUUAGAAGACCCGGGAAAGAAGGGGUACUCGAAGGAUAUGAGAAACAACGAGAACCGCGAUGAAUCCCAACAUAAAACAAGCCCACAGGUGUCUAAACAAAGAAAGGAAAAUACGAAUGGCGAAAAUUCGAGGUCAGAUAGGUUUGACGUGAGUCCUAGAACAACAUUGAGUGAAGGUGAAAUGUCCGGCGGAAAUGGUAAAAAAGAGAAAGAUGCAUAUUCUUUAUCUGCUGAGAAAGAUGAAGCACAAAAGAGGCAACGUAGUGAGACUUUUCCACGUGGAGGUCCGGCCAUCCAAGUUUUGCACCCGGAGAUAGUAAACAACCAAACUUCGCCUUUAGGACUCAACAGGCCAUCACCGAUACCCUCUGCAAAUGUCAUUCACAGUACCUUGACCAUGGAUAAUUAUGGAAGGGCGAGUGAACAGAAGUUUGUGAAACCGGAUAAACCUGCAAUCGAGGUUGAGGAGGGGCCUGAAAGUCAGGAAAAUGAUGUGAUUGAAAAUGAAAAUGAAGAUCCUCAAUCAGAAAUCCCUGAAGAUAAGAGUCAGCAGCCUGCUAGGACCCCAAACCCAGAAGAUUUAAGAAGAAUAGAGGAGGAAAAGAAGAGGAUAGGAGACGAAAAACGGAGAAUGGAGGAGAUGAAAAAGAAUAUAGACAAUGAUGCGAUGCAAAUGAUGAAAGACAUGGAAGAGCUGUUGCAAAGAAAGAAGGAAGAAGAAGAGAAAAGAAAGGAAGAAGAGGAGAGGCGGAAAAAAGAAGAAAAAGAGAGAGCAGAACGCAAGAAAAACGAAGCUGCUCAACUUCGAGAUCAGCUCAUCAAGAUUCGGGAAGCAAGGAUUGAGAGACAAAAACAAAGGGAAGGACUGAUGAAGAAUGCUCGAGAACUAAAAGCCAAGGUGACAGCAAAGCGUGGACCAGAAAUGAGCAUCUGGGAAUCAAAAUAUCAAGCAGAAAAGCAGCGAGCUGCCAUCCUUGAGGAAGAGCUUGGUAAUUUGAAGUCAGAACUGGCUGCAAGCCAAAAGAAGCUAUUGAAGAGUUUGGAGCAGAAAGAUUCAGAUGAACCAAGUGAGCAGAAGUCUCCGCGAACGAUUGUUGGGCCAUCACAGUUGAAUAAUUUAAAGAAUGAAGUACGCAGAUUAAACAAAGAAAAGGACCGUGUUGAGGAAGAUAUUCAAAAGACAAAACGAAAACUUCUAUUAGAGUCACAGCAAAAAGCAACUGCCCACCAACAACUGAAAGAGAUGCGAAGAGAUAAAAAGGCUUCAAGUGUGAAAGCGGAAGCAGUUUCAACUCCUAGAACUAAGUUAAGUAAUGCAGAACAGUAAAAAACUUGCCAAUUUUAAUUAAAUACAAUAAUACAUUUCACGACAAGGGGUACAUUAAUCCACAAUAAGGAUGUGAAACUGGCUAACUUUAAAACCAUAUAUGGUAUAUAUAUAAAAACAGAACAAGCAUCCACUUCAUAAAUUUGUGAACAUAUGACAACUCACAAAUGUUUGUCCUAACAGUUUACUUUUAGAUACUCACAAGCAAAACAUAUAACGAAACAGAUGAAAUCAAAUUGCUUCAAAAAGUUUUGAUGUCGAAAGAAAAUCGUUUGUUAUAGAUUUGAAAGAGUCUAUCAUGAAAGGUCAAGAUUCAGUUUGAUGUUAAAAGUUGAAAAUGCAUUUCUGGGGCUGCUUUAUAUGUCACUACAAGGCAGUCGAGGAUAUGUACAAUUUAAGGCACUAUAUCACUAUCCCCCUCAAGCGACUCAGAGCCCCUGAACAGUUGACUGAGAGGGCACAGCGCGUUUAACUGUGCAAAACAUCCAUUUAUGUCUUACCAACUCUUUUAGUUUUCUUGUUCAACUUGACCUAAGUAACACACAAAAUUAGAUGGGUCAGCUUAUUAAGUACCUAUAUGCAGCUUCUUUGACACGCUUACAAAUUUGGUGUUGAGUGUACUUGGCAAAAGAUGGCAGAACUGUCUUCAAAUUCAGAUCAUACUUGCUUUUUCUGAAUCAAUCCAGUACAAUUGCAUUUUAACAGACUUUUGUGCUAAUUAAAUGCCAUGAUUUAACCAAACCGUGACAGCUGGUCACAUAUAAGCCUAGCAGUGCUGCAUCUAGUAUUUACACAGUACCAAUUUUGUUGUGCACAUUAAGCGAGAUUAAGUGCAUUACGGGGAGCAUUAUCCAUAUUUGCAUAAAUUGCUCAUUGUUGAAUUUUAUCAUUUAAAUUUGAAAGAUAUAUUUUUCAAAAAGACACUAACCAAUUUUGAAUUAUAUUUGUAAGUAAAAGAAUUUGUAUAUAGCAAAAUAACACUUCUUUGAACUCAUCAGGUGUUGUAUCAUAACUGCACUGUAUUUUUUCUUUUGAGUUAUGAAUUCACAGUUAUCAAUAUCAGUCUUCGUCAUAAGGAAAUCACAAUGGUAAACCAGACGCAUUAUUUCUUUCAUGCGUGCGAUUCACACUCUUACAUAUCUGGCUAUUUCAGACCCUGUUUACACUGUCCCCUUCAAAAACGGGACCAUGACGGCACAAAAUUCAUCUGUUUUCGUAGCAGGUUCAAAACUAUUCCGGAUAGCAGAGGGCGAAAAUUUGUUGUUUCCCCGGCAAAUUUUCUUUAUUUUUCAGAUUCUGAGAUGCGUAAUGAAAGUGGCAAAAAGGCACUAAAGCUUUUUUGAGACUUUUUGUCACUGUUGAUCUGAGAUGACAUUUAGCUCCUUGACAAAAUUUUUUUUUCAAUGUUUAGAAAUAAAGCGAAGUUAAAAACAAGAAUGGGUUUUUACUACUUCGAUCUAUGAAGACCCAGUUUUUCAAAAAAUAACAAACAGGCUGAAUGGAUAAAAUAAUAAAGAAACCCUAUACUGUGAAGGUUCAGUGUCCAGGUCGCGCAGUUAUAUUUGAAACCAUGCUGGAUUCACGAAUUUUCUGAUAUGGCGUUCAAUUCAGUUGAAAGUUGCUUUAAGAUAUAAUAAGAAACUCCUCCAAAGAAGCUUAACUCUAAGCUACCCUCGAAGGCGUUACAAUUAGAAACAACCGCGACUAAGAAAAUUUUGAUUGUAAACAUGACAAACUUUCAAGAAACCGACUAACAAACCUCAACAAGAACAUAAGAACUGCAUUAUACACAAUUAAAUUCAAAGCAAUCCUGACUCUGUGCUUCAUGUUAUGUAUAAGGUUUUAAAUUUCAUCGCUAUUACUGUUAUUAUUGCUGUAAACAAAGUCAUCAUCUCCACAAAUGCCUCCAUGACUAGACUUUUCCAUUAUUAAAUUCUUCUCGUCAUUACUUCAAUCAUAAUCUGAUUUCGCGAUCAGCUCAUUGUUAUUCUCUUGAUCUCUCUUUUUCUUCUUUGGUGGCUCGUCCUCUGCUGCUUUUAUUUUCCGGCGGGUCUCCCUGUAUAUUUUAAUAUCUUUCUUGGGCAGUCCAGUUUUUAUCGUUUAUAUAGAUGCAUAAUGGCAUCUCCAUUCGUUUAUGUGAUAAACACAGUCCCUAUCUGAUAGUAUCAAGCGUAGUGUACUAAAUGUUCUCUCUACUGUAGAAUUCGAGCCACUACCCCAGAAUCUUUCUCAUCGUCUCAGUACGCAGGGUCAAUGAAUUUCAUUGAUGCAAAAAUCUCGUCUGAGAAAUAGGCGAAUCUCUCUUGUAGAAGCUCCUUUAACACUUUACCAACAUCCCGUUUUGCUUUGCCAGCUCUUUGUCUGGUUUUCUCACCCAAAUGGCAUAAGUCUUUGAAAAUGUAGCCGGCGCUUUGAUUGUGUGACCUUCUUUGAUAUACUCUGCUUUGACAAACAACUCCCUUCCAUCAGUAUGAAUUUGAAAUCUACUCCGGUUGAUUUGCAGAAGUUUAUCGUCCCCUCCAGCAUUGUGGAUGCAUUCUUAUAACAAGCUGACUUCCAGCGCAGGCUUAACUUGUUGGGGCAAAAGACCCUCUCCUUAAAAUAUUUUCAAACAUUCUUUCAUUUUUUCAAGCAGAUCAAGGUAUGUACAGACGAGGGUCAAGAACUUAAAUGACUUUUUGAGAACUCUUUUGAUCUUUUCUUUAGAGGCCUCGUAGGAUGGACUUGCAAUGAUGUUUUCAUAUCCUUCAAUAAAUGCUGGCCACAUAUCUAGCAGUUUCUUGAAGGCGCUCGAUCUGUGACCAAUAAAUCUUGUUCCUGUUAUUUUCGAAAGUUUGUAAUAUUGGAUGUUUAACGCACUUGCUGCCGCUUUUAUUAUUCCAAAUACUUAUCCUGAAUUCUUCAGGAGAGUAAAAUUUGCUUGAUAAAAAUCAUAAAUGGCUUGAAACUCGGUAUCAAUAAAGGCCUUCUUUACCGCCAGCUCCACCCUGUGAUUUGCACAAUGAAUAUUCUUCCAUAUAUCUAAAUAUGUUUGGUUAACUUCUCUGCUGUUUAGGUAACCUGUCAGUUGUUUUGCAAGCAAUAACAAUAUUGCUUUAAUCGAUAUCAACUCUUAAAAAUACUGUGUAGCAGUAAAAUUUAGAAAAUAUUCAUGAACAUUUUGCUGAGCAUCAAUUAGUAACAUUGUAAAGAUAAUUUGCUGUUGUUAUUUCUACUAUCCUGACAGACAGCGUCUGCCAUAUUAUUAUUACACAAGUUUGAUGUUCUGUCUCAAUGACACCUAGGCUAGCAGAUAUGUUAAGCUGCCAACAGAAUACUUGUUCAUCAAUAUUUUGUG